UGCGCACUACGGCGUGCAAGGAAACCAGCGUCUCUCUUGCCGUUAUGGGUACAGAGGGUGUUUUGAAGAGAAAAUCUAGAUACUCGUAGCACAAAGGGAGCUAGAGAAACAGGGGAAGGGAUUUGGAGUUGUUUUGACACAGUAAUUUAGUUGAAUAAAAGGUUAGGGAAACAGAAAAGAACAGAUGUUUGGGGGUGUACCCCAAGAGGAAGAGUGGAGGAAAGUGAAAAAGCCAGUUAUUGUAGUGGAGGAUGUAGAAAAAAUGGAUACAGAUGAAUGCAGUUCACCGUGUUCAUUUCACUCCAAUUCUUCCUCAUCGCCUCAGUUGCCUUCCACAAACUGAUCACCGAGUUCCUUUCUCUUGCCACAUCCAUUCUUGGUGCCACAUAGUCUUCUUAAAUUAAUUGGAAAAUCUGUAAAACCAGGGCUUCCUGAUGCCUUCCACCUGUAGAAGAAGUGAGCUGCUAUAGCUAUAAAACGACAUCUGCAUAGCACUGUCACUAGACACGCUGGCAAUGUCGCGAGUACCCACUCCUCCUCCACCUGGAGAAAUGUCCACAGGCCCGGUUGCUGAAAGUUGGUGUUACACACAAGUAAAAGUUGUUAAAUUUUCUUAUAUGUGGACUAUCAACAACUUCAGUUUCUGCCGUGAAGAAAUGGGAGAAGUCUUAAAAAGUUCAACAUUUUCUUCUGGCCCAAAUGAUAAAAUGAAAUGGUGCCUACGAGUAAAUCCAAAGGGACUUGAUGAUGAAAGCAAAGAUUAUUUAUCUUUAUAUUUGCUACUAGUUAGUUGUCCAAAAAGUGAAGUAAGAGCAAAGUUCAAAUUUUCUUUGCUUAAUGCUAAAAGAGAAGAAACAAAAGCUAUGGAAAGCCAAAGAGCCUAUCGAUUUGUUCAGGGGAAGGACUGGGGAUUCAAAAAAUUUAUUAGAAGAGAUUUUCUACUUGAUGAAGCUAAUGGACUUCUACCAGAUGAUAAGCUUACACUGUUCUGUGAGGUAAGUGUCGUCCAAGAUUCUGUAAAUAUUUCAGGCCAAUCAAAUAUGAACAUGCUGAAGGUCCCAGAAUGUCGAUUAUCAGAUGAUUUGGGAAAUCUUUGGGAAAGUUCUCGAUUCACUGACUGCAGCCUUUACGUUGGAGGUCAGGAGUUCAAAGCUCACAAAUCCAUAUUAGCAGCACGAUCACCUGUUUUUAAUGCAAUGUUUGAACAUGAAAUGGAAGAAAGUAAAAAUAACCGAGUUGAAAUAAAUGAUGUUGAUCCUGAAGUUUUUAAGGAGAUGAUGAGAUUUAUAUACACAGGAAAUGCACCAAAUCUAGAAAAAAUGGCCGAUAACCUUUUAGCAGCAGCAGACAAAUAUGCUUUGGAACGCUUAAAAGUUAUGUGUGAAGAAGCCCUGUGUAGCAGCCUUUCUGUAGAAAAUGUUGCAGAUAUACUAAUUCUAGCAGACCUUCAUAGUGCCGAACAACUAAAAGCACAAGCAAUAGACUUUAUAAACAGGUGCAGUGUCCUUCGGCAGCUUGGCUGUAAAGAUGGAAAAAACUGGAAUAGCAACCAUGCAACAGACAUCAUGGAAACUGCAGGUUGGAAAUCAAUGAUUCACUCCCAUCCUCAUUUAGUAGCAGAGGCCUUCCGAGCACUUGCAUCUGCACAGUGUCCACCUUUUGGCAUUCCACGCAAACGUCUAAAACAGUCCUAACUGUUCAGAAGAAUCAAAGACCUUCAAAAAUACUGGAGCAUAUGGAGGUGUUUCCAGCUUAUAAUAGGAUGAUACUCUUCUUUGUAAUUGGAACACAUACUCAACUUUACUCUCUCAACUGAUGGAUCAAUUUGGCUUUUUUCGAAUUUAGAAAUGAUUUGCAGUUUCUCAGUCAUUUUAAAUGGCUUUUCAAACUUCUGCCAUUAUACAGAGAAUUUCUGAUGUGUUUUCUGUUUUGUACCUCAGCUCAAGCAAGAUUUGCCAGAAAGCAUUUUUUCCCAUAAUGCAGUAGAAACCAGAUUUAUUUGCAACAUAACUGUGGAUUAUUUUAAGAUUUAAAUAAUUAAAGAAGAUAAGGACCCAA